AUGGCCGUGGUGAAGGCAGAAUUGUCUUAUCCCGGCAACGUUCCAGAAUCAUUAGCCACUGCCUUCGUCAGGCCUGGGCAGCCUGGGUCCUUUGAUCAUCCUAGCAAACGCCGCAAGCUGGCCUGGGCGCUUCAAAGCCUUAGACAACUAAACGGGCUGUCGGACUCACAAAUUCCAUUGGGUUAUAUACCGCUCGCACGUUUCCAUUUGCACUUAAGCUUUGCGUCUGCUCCAUAUGAACAUAGUAGCCCCACGGAACUGCUGCACACUGUACCUGUCACCCUUGAAGCUACUAGAGUUACUCGUGCCCAGGCUGGUACGGUCCAGAAUGGACUUGCGCAUGGGACCUACAACCUAGCAAUUGUGACGCUUUCGGAGCGGGAAGUCGUCUUCACAGAUGAGGUUUUUGAUCCUGAAGCUGUUGAGCUUGGUAGUCAUCUCUCACUUGCCACAAGCCUUCCUUCUGCCGACUGCUUUCACAGGAACGUCCCUUCUGUUUGUUACCAGGCUACUCUCCACCGUUUGCCUGAUAGAAAAACAUUUCAUUUGGAAACAGUCGUCCUGUGGAAAGAUUCAAUCCAUAUCCCGGCGAUCAACAAACUACCCGCUAGUUCAUCAACAGUGUUCUCUAAGUAUAUUCUGCGAGAAGCAGAUGAUGAUGUGGUACCCACGCAACUGCAUAAGCAUCGCAGGGAAGUAGGUGCCACGGGUUGGUCACCGCGUGACUUCUACGACAAUGUCUACGUACCUCCAGACACCCCCGCGUCAUCGGCAGAAAUAAAAUGUGGCCUUUUGGAAUGCCAGCUUUUUCCCUUCCAAAGGAGAGCAGUCCGGUGGCUUCUGCAAAGAGAAGGCGUGGAGCUCCAACCAGAUGGGCGGAUUGUCCCCAGGAAGCAGGCUGUCAGUGGGAGCUUGCCACCAUCCUUCAUUCGAAUCACCGAUGCAGACGGGAGAAUGUGCUUCGCAAGCCAUCUGUUUAUGACUGUGACUACCGACAUCUCGAAUUGGAAUGCCGUGGAGAAUACUCUCAAAGGCGGGGUAUUGGCCGAGGAGAUGGGUCUGGGUAAAACCGUUGAAAUGAUCAGUUUGAUCUGCCUUCAUCGCCGCUCGGUAUCUUCAGAUCGUCUAGAUCAACACGGACGCGUCAAAAGCUUGAGGCCGUCAGGUGCGACCUUGAUCAUAACACCUCCAGCGAUUCUUGAGCAGUGGAGACAGGAGAUCGAAUUGCAUGCGCCGGGGCUGCGUGUAUUUCACUAUGAAGGUAUCCAGCGUCAUCAGAAAAUACCAGAUGCUGAACUGGUUGAGUUGAUAUCUGAUCAUGAUGUUGUACUCACUACUUACAAUGUCCUUGCCCGCGAGGUUCACUAUUCUGGCGAUGCGCCAAAGCGGAACCUACGACAUGAGAAACGGUUUGAACCAAGAAGAACGCCGCUUGUUCAAAUAUCCUGGUGGCGGGUCUGCCUAGAUGAAGCUCAAAUGAUCGAGAGUGGUGUUAGCAAUGCUGCGAGAGUCGCUCGCUUGAUUCCACGCCAAAUGGCUUGGGCCGUGACUGGGACGCCUCUUCGUAAAGAUAUCGCAGACCUUCUUGGCCUCUUUCUCUUCCUUCAUUAUGAGCCCUACUGUGGUUUCAUCUGGAAUAGACUGUGCCUUUCAUUCCGGCCAAUUUUAGCAGGUAUUGUUCAUGGAAUCGCUCUUCGUCAUAGCAAAGAUCAUGUUCGUGGCGAACUUCGUUUACCUCCGCAGAAGAGAGUGAUUAUAACGGUCCCCUUCACGGCAGUUGAAGAACAACAUUAUGGACAAUUGUACGAGCAGAUGUGUGAAGAUUGUGACCUUGAUCUAUCAGGAGCACCCCUGAGUGAUGAAUGGAACCCCAAUGACCCGUCAGUGAUCGAAAAGAUGCGAAGUUGGCUGGUCAGACUUCGUCAAUCCUGUCUUCAUCCCGCGGGAAACAGCCGCCGGGGCUUAGGCAUCGGCAACAAUGGACCACUGCGGUCGGUAAAUGAGGUGCUCGAAGUUAUGAUUGACCAGAACGACGUGCUCAUACAUGCAGAAGAGCGCUCGCUUCUCAUGUCUCAGCUCCGGCGGGGACAGUUACUGGAGAAUGCGAUGCACAAGGAUGAAGCGCUUGACCUUUGGAAAGUAUCCUUGGAGCGAGCGAGCGCAGUUGUUCAAGAAUGCCGGGAUCGGCUGCAGGUAGAGCGCAUGAAGAGUCAGGUCACCUUUGCAAAUGAUAAUCAGGAUUCUGUGUCAGUAGUCUUGACAAGCGACAACGAGGGCGACGAGGCAGAAACGAACGCACGCAUCGGUACGCACCGCCAGAGAUUGCGCAUGGCUCUCGAGAUUCAACAUAUUUGUAUCUUUUUCACCGGAAACGCGUACUAUCAGAUCAAGUCGGACCCGAAGCUCACCGCACCUGACUCCGAACAGUAUAAAUCCCUUGAGAAACAGGAGGAGGAGGCGUAUGCAACAGCGAAGGCCAUCCGGAAGGAAAUGCUGGUUGAUAUCUCCCGAAAAGUCACCCGUUCCAUGAAAGACAUAAAGGAGAAGUCCCAGAAGAGACAGUUUGUGACCAUUCCCAAUAUGGAGCCCCAGAUAUAUAGCACGGGCUUAGAGGGUCGUCGUGUUCUCGAGAAGUUCGAAGACUUCUGCGAAGCCAUGAACCGGCAUGCUACACAGUACGAGAGCUGGCGCCAAACUAUGAUAAAAUUCCUCACUCAAUCACUUAUCGAUCAAGAGGAAGAAUCGGAACUCGAAGGUAACGAAUACGAGAAAUCUACCAAACAUCAAGACGAAAUGUACGUCUAUAUGGAAGCGUUGCGCGCCAUGUUCGCUGACCGUCACGAUUGCUUGACUGGACAAAAGAACGUCCUCAUUGCUCAUGAAGUUAAAGGAGGGAUUAUCCAAGCACAUAAAGGGGAAGGCCCAUCUCCAACCCUUUUCUUGGAAGUUAUGAAUUUACGCAGUAAUAUGAAGCCUGACCCGCAACUCGGCUCACUUCGUGGGAUUAUCAGCGAGCUUCGUAGCCUGACUAUCUCCCUUGAAUGGCAAUCAAACGAAGGAAGUUCUCGAGCGCGUGCGGAGCUUGAAAUCAUCAAUUUGGUGCUGAGAAAUGCAAGUCAGAUGUCCAUUGAGCAAUCCAAAGCUGUUUCCGGAUUGGAGAGGGAGGUUGAGAUGUUUCGAGAUACGAUGAAUAACCGCCUCGAGUAUUAUCGUCAGCUACAGCAAAUUUCUGAUACCGUUGCGCCGUACGAUGAAGAGAGUGUUGGCAAGCCCUUGGAUGAGGUUCUUUUUACCUCAAAACUCGGGAAGGAAAGCGUUGUUGAUGGGAAAAUCUCUGCCUUGCGGGCAAAACGUCGGUAUCUCAUCCAUCUUCGAGAUGAGUCUGGCUCAGAUGAUUCGUCCAGAAUUUGUGUCAUUUGCCAGUCUGGGUUUGAAGUUGGGGUUCUGACGGUCUGUGGCCACAAGUAUUGCAAAGAUUGCUUACGGCUGUGGUGGCAUCAACAUCGCACAUGUCCCACCUGCAAAAAGCAUCUGAAAGCCAAUGAUUUCCAUCAAAUCACAUACAAGCCGCAGGAACUUGUCGUGCAGGAAGAGAAAGCGCCGACCCGACUAGAGCUGGAACGCUCUUCAAGUAAUUCUAUAUAUGCUGGCAUCAGCUCCAGCACGUUGAAAGAAAUCAAAAACAUUGACCUGGAUACCUCCUUCGGUACAAAAAUCGAUACACUGGCACGUCAUAUCUUGUGGCUUCGGGAGCAUGAUCCGGGGGCGAAGUCUGUGGUGUUCUCCCAGUAUAAGAACUUCCUCGAAAUCCUCGCCAAUGCAUUGUCCCGGUUCAAAAUCGGGUACAGCAGUGUUGAUGGUAGGGAUGGCAUACGAAAUUUUAAAUGUGAUCCAGCAGUAGAAUGUUUCCUCUUGCACGCCAAAGCGCAUUCCUCGGGCCUGAAUUUGGUGAAUGCAACCCACGUCUUUCUCUGUGAGCCUCUUAUCAACACUGCAAUCGAGCUUCAGGCUAUCGCACGUGUACACCGUAUUGGCCAGCAUCGGCCAACCACUGUUUGGAUGUAUCUCGUUUCCGACACGGUUGAGCAGUCGAUCUACGACCUCUCCGUGUCGCGUCGUCUAGCCCACAUCGUGCAGAAAGAGCAAGGACAGGAGGCACCGUCUGCCAAGCCUUCUGAUGAUGGUGCCGAUAUCCAGUAUCUCAGCGAGAUAGCAAUCGAUUCGGCCAAUUCCUUGGAACUGCAAGAUGCAGCACUUUCAAAGCUAAUGGCAGGCGGUGCAUCCGGCGGUGAGCUGGUGAAGAAGGAUGAUUUGUGGCAAUGCCUUUUUGGCAAUACGAGCCACAAUAAGCCAGCCAAUAGCCAUUUGAUCAAUGCUGAAGGUGAAAUUGCAAGGUUUCUGAGGGGCGAAGCAGCUGAACAGAGGAGAGCGCCACCCGCUCACCCAUAA